AGACGAGGUGGAUCACUACUACUUCCGGUACAUUCACCGACCCCACAGAAGAGCCGAAGAAGGUACGGACGCGCCUCGUCGAGCUGAUGUCCUGCGUCCAUCGGGUUUGAAUGGUUUCUGCGAUACAUCUGAUCUGAUGCAACAUGGCAACAUCACAUGUUAAUAGAUGUCUCAUAAGGACAAUCACGAGAUGUCUCCGGGACAGCAGUCGGCAACCAAACCUGAUGACAGUAAGGCCUCUAGGACACUUGUCUAACUCCUCUUCAGGUAAAGCGGAUCAUGAAGCAAGAUCUGUAGCGUUAGUUUCUCGCCGAAGUUCAGGAGGCGACGGUCGCAGCGUAGCCGCCGCGUUUGGACUGGGACUCGGAGCAGCAGUGUUGUAUUCAUUAAGAGACGAGGACAAUAAAGAUGCCCUACAGAGGACAGUCGCGGUCAGGAAUUUGCUCAUUGACAGUUUACUACCGACGGUCCAGUGUGCCUCUCCGUUUAAACCGGACAGCCCGCGGUACAAGUAUAAUUUCAUCGCGGAUGUGGUUGAGAAGUCCACACCUGCUGUAGUCUACAUCGAGAUCGUUGGGCGACACCCUUUUUCUGGGCGUGAGGUGCCCAUCUCGAAUGGCUCUGGCUUCAUCAUAAGUAGUGAUGGCCUGAUCGUGACCAAUGCCCAUGUGGUUGCCAACAAGCGUGGCGUUCGUGUUAAACUGACCAAUGGAGAGACUUACAAUGCCACGGUCCAGGAUGUUGACCAGGCUGCAGACAUCGCUACCAUCAAAAUCAAUGCCAAGCAUCCCCUCCCAACGUUACGUCUCGGCCAGUCGUCUGAAGUGCGUCAGGGUGAGUUUGUGGUUGCCAUGGGGAGCCCUUUCUCUCUCAAAAACACAAUCACGUCUGGAAUCGUCAGUUCUGCCCAGAGAGGAAGUAAAGAACUGGGCCUGUCCAACUCCAACAUUGACUACAUCCAGACUGAUGCUACCAUAGAUUUUGGAAAUUCAGGAGGUCCCCUUAUAAACCUGGAUGGUGAGGUCAUCGGCAUUAAUACCAUGAAAGUGACUGCAGGGAUUUCCUUCGCCAUUCCUUCAGACAGAGUCCGCAUCUUCCUUGAGCGUGCGGCAGACAAACAGAAGUCCUGGUUUGGAGAAUCAGGAUCAAAACGGCGUUACAUUGGAGUGAUGAUGCUGACUUUGACCCCUAGUAUAAUCGAAGAGCUGAAGAUGCGUGACAUAUCCUUCCCUGAUGUUUCUCAUGGAGUUCUCAUCCACCGUGUUAUUAUAGGAUCUCCAGCCAGUAGAGCUGGAAUGAAACCAGGGGAUGUUAUUGUUGAGAUAAACGGGUCAAAGGUGAACUCGUCAGAGGAGAUCUAUAACGCUGUGAGGACAAGCGACAGCUUAAAUGUGGUGGUCCGGCGGGGGGCCGACCUUCUCAUGCUGCACAUGACCCCUGAACACACCGAGUGAAGUCCCAUGAAGCUUACGCAGAUAAAUAAGCGAAAGAUGAUUUGAAUAAUUAUUAUAGUUGGAGAUGUUUUAAGAAGGUAAUAGGGCAGAACAGUAUAGUAGCAAAGCUGGAUGCUUGUGUAGUCCAAAUGUUAUAAUUGUGCAGUUUGUGCACUUUUUUUGGAAGUGUGUGGAUGUUUCUGAGCAUUAGUCUGGAUAAAUAUCAGUGUGUCCUCUCAAACUACACUGUAUCAGUAUUGUUUUUGAAGGAACACUUCUAAAUAUUUGUGUGAAACAGUUUAUCAUGAGAUGAAUGAACAGUUGGCUGCCAUAAUAAAAGUGGGUGCUCUUAUUCCAGCAUUGCAGAUUUUUUUGUAUUCAAUGUAUAAUGUUUAAUACAUUUUACAAACCUCUGUGACUUCACAAUAAAACAUUGCAAUAUCAA